UGGAAAUUGUUGGUCAUUUAUCAGGUAUCUUUGCUAAAGAAGGUAAAGCGCGGUAAUAUCAGGUCCUAGUAUAAAUAUCGGUCAGUUACCAAUGCGAGUUAGUGAGUUCUGGCUUUCUGAGCGUAUACCAAUCGUUGUUGUAAUUUUAUAAAAUAUUUUUUAAACACACAUCCAACAUGCCAGGUGAAACAGCAGGACCAGCAUACGAGAGUAUCGAUGCAUUUUUUCCAGCUACCAAAUUCAUUGACAUCGAUACCGUUGGCUACGAAAACGUGAAAAAUGAAAGUGAUGUAAAACUUCUACGGUUGUCAGCACCAUCGCGAUCAUUGCUUUCAUUAAAAAUUGAGAAUUAUUCCAAAAAUCCAUUCACGCCACCGAAAACAAUUGGCACGCAUGAGCACUGCAAUAAGUUCAGGCAUGCACUCCUUUAUUCGUCCGUUUCCAAUCUCACAAACGCUUUAUCUAAGAGCGCACCGAAACUCAAUUCACCAUGCACAGCAGCUCCAAAACUUUGUUUUCUUAUAACAUGUCAAGCUACACAGUAUUCAGGCAUGGGAAAAGAAGUCUACGGUUGGAGCCCAGUAUUUCGUCGUCAUUUCGAUGCUUGUAAUGCUGUAAUCGAAGAAGAUUUCGGUCUAAGCGUUAAAUCGUUAAUGGAGUCUGAUGACAAUGCUUGGGUCACUAAUCCUUUAGAAGCCCUGCCGUACCUUUUAUCAUUGCAGUAUGCUCUGGCCAAACUAUGGGAGUCGUGGGGCGUUAAACCGGAUAUCGUUCUGGGAAUGAGCUUCGGGGAAUAUGGCGCUGCCGUUAUCAGUGGUAUAAUUUCGUUGAGGGAUGCAGUAAAAUUAAUUAUGACCAGGACACAGUUGGUAACUGAAAAUAUUCAAGAGGAGGCGUUCGGAACUGUCGAAAUGGAUUACAGAGAGUUUGAUAAUAUUAUGAGAGAGCUGAGAAAAGAGGAAGGCAUGGAUGAUGCCUGGUUGGAUAUAGCCUGUGUAAACUCGCCAAUGCAAACUUGUGUUGUGGGACUUCGAAGAUAUGUACAUAGAUUUGUGGAUAUCUGUAAAGAAAGAGGAGCUAGAGGCAUGGUCAUGGAUCCGUAUCAUCCAUACCAUUCCAGAUUGACUGCGCCGGUCAUUCCGCAAUUUAAAGAAGUUACCAAUCAGGUCGAAUAUAAGAAAGCCACCAAUGGAACAUUCAUUUCCACAGUGAGGAAUGGGAGAAUAAUGGAAAGCUUGGAUAAAGAUUAUUACUUAGAGCAUUUACAAGGGGCUGCUCUAUUCGCCGAUGCUAUCACAACUGUAUUGAAGGAAAAGAAUGUGACUCACUUCUUGGAAAUUGGGCCACAUCCAAUCAACAUACAGAUGGUGAAAGAUAUUCUUUCCAAUAAUUUUCCGGAAAUGGGCACUAACUUUGAGUUUUAUUCGUCACUGACACGAAAAGAGAGCGAUAGGCUGACACUUUUCAAUACGUUGGGACGACUGUAUACGGCCGGAGUCAAUAUAAAUUGGGAAAAUGUAAAUUAAUUUUGGUUGAGGGAUGAGAUGCUCAAUAAAUGUUUAUUAUACUGUG